AUGGGGGGAGUAAGAGGGAAAUGGAGGGUUGUGAGGGCAGUGAUGUGCAUUUGGUGGAGUUUUGACUUAGCUUCAUUAGUUUUGGUUAUAGCAGAGGAGGGGAGUUUGAAGAAGGAAGCACUAGGAAGCAUCAAUGCUACCAAUGACUAUUCAACGUUUGUCAAGUCAUUGAGGGAGCCUAAAGCAUCCGGUCACAAUCACGUUUGGCCGGAACUGAAAUUUGGAUGGAAAAUUGUAGUGGGCAGCAUAAUAGGAUUUUUGGGGGCAGCAUUUGGGAGUGUUGGUGGUGUUGGAGGGGGCGGCAUAUUUGUACCCAUGCUUACUCUUAUUCUAAGAUUUGACCCAAAAUCCGCAACUGCAAUUUCAAAGUGCAUGAUCACAGGAGCUGCAGUUUCUACUGUUUACUGUAAUCUUAGGCUCAGGCAUCCCACAAUGGAGAUGCCAGUUAUUGAUUAUGACUUGGCUGUGCUGAUGCAACCAAUGCUACUGCUUGGGAUUAAUAUUGGAGUUGCUUUCAAUGUCAUCUUGGCUGACUGGAUGGUCACAGUUCUGCUAAUUCUUCUCUUCACAGGCUUAUCAACCUUGGCUUUUCUGAGAGGCGUGGCAUCGUGGAAGAAAGAGACUAAGCUGAAAAAGGAGGCUGCUCAAAUAAUGUUAGCAAAUGGUGGAGGAACUUUUCCAUGUUGUCCCAUUACCAGCCCUCAGAAGAAGGCUAAGGUGUGCAUUCUUGAGAAUGUUUACUGGAAGCAAUUUGGGCUUAUCUGUUUUGUUUGGGUUGCAUCUCUUGCUCUGCAGAUCACCAAGCAGAAUUAUACAACAACUUGCUCAACUCUGUACUGGGUGGUGAAUUUGUUACAGAUCCCAAUUUGUUUUGGGGUAAGUUGGUUUGAAGCAUUUGGGUUGUACAAAGGGUGGAGAAAGAUUUCGUCCAACAAUAAUGAUUCAAUCUCCAACUUGCGACCAUGGCAACUCAUUAUUUUAUGCAUCUUUGGAAUAGUUGCUGGUACGGUUGGAGCACUGCUUGGUCUUGGUGGAGGCUUUAUUAUGGGUCCUCUAUUCUUAGAGUUGGGUGUCCCUCCUGAGGUGUCAACCGCAACAUCUACCUUUAUAAUGGUGUUCUCCUCAUCAAUUGCGAUCGUAGAAUACUACCUUCUCAAGCGUUUUCCGGUUACUUAUGCUGUGUGCUUAACUGUGGUGGCAACUUUUGCUGCUUUUGUUGGGCAACACGCAGUGAGGAAGGUGAAUGCGGUGUUAGGGAGAGCAUCACUAAUCAUCUUCACUUUGGCCUUCAUAAUUCUCAUAAGUACAAUCUCAUUAGGUGGAAUUGGGAUCUCCAACAUGAUCAAAAAGAUUCAUCACCAUGAAAACAUGGGCUUUGAAAGUCUCUGCAAGUACAACGCGUAA